AUGCUUGGAGUGAAGAAGAAAGUCGCCUUAGAAGCCAGCUCGACCACCUGCGCGACCAACUGGUCGAGUUCACCAACUGGACCGGCCAAGACUCAACUCGAUCGAGCUGCUAUUCUAGGAGUCAAAUUCUCGCUAGCGAGCAGAACGAAGCUUCGGAAGUUUGGCCGCGUGCGGAGGAGUUCCCGACGUCCAAAAGUCACGAUCUUGAUAUGGAAAGAUAGAUACUUGAGUCAUGCAUCACGUCGAAGUGGAAUGAAGCCAUUUGGAUCAACCAUAAGGCCGAAACUUAUUUUCUACCGAGACAUGUCCGGUAAGCGAGCAAACGAAGCCCAUGGAGGAUUUGGAGUGUCUAAUGGCCCGAGCAGCAGCGCCAAAGGCCUUGAUCGAAAGAGAAGAGGCCUGGCUAAUGUUUGGAGCUUUCCUUGGUACAAUGUCGGCCCAUACACGACGUGGAGAGAAGGCUCGGCUCAUGGGAAACUUUCCUUUUCGGCAUGA